UUCGGUGGUUACCUGUGAUUGAGGAAACCGGCUUUGAGAGGAUGUUGGGCGGGAAAGUGUUGCAGUGACAGGCGCGCGCUCCGACAGAGCACGAGAACCAGGGACACUUUUUUGCAGCUGGGUACACACACACACACACACUCGCGCGCGCGCUUGCGGACGCAUACAAACACGCACGCACACACACACACGCAUAAGCACACGCGGACCAGGAUGGCGAAAGAGAUACGAGAGAAAGAUGCACCCCGAAAGUUUAGCGCAUCUCACUGGAGGCUGCAGAACAUCGUCCAGGAGUCCAUGGACAGCUCGGAUGAGGAGUUCUUCGACGCCAGAGAUGUUAUGGAGGGGAAGACAGCCAUCCUGCUGGAGAUGAGCCAGUGGAACUCCAAUGAUUUGGUGGAGCAGAUCGAGACCUUGGGACACCUGGAGCGCUCACGAGAAAGCCUGUACAGACUGAGACACCCUCGCUGUGCGCCGCAGAGCAGUGUAGACGGUCUGGAGGACAUGGAGAGGAAAUGCAGGACCCAGCUGUUGAUCCUGGUCAUUCACGGAGGUCACAUUCUAGACUCCGGAGGCGGCGAUCCAGGUGGGAAGGUGGGAGAUGCUGCUACUCUGGGGUCGGUGUUGGAACGGGUUGCGCGAGCUCACUUCCAGGAAGCAGCAGACAGCAUGCUGGUGCGCUUGGUGACCUGCCCUCCUGUGUGCGCUGAAGCCUUCUCGCUCGUCUCGCAUUUGAAUCCGUACAGCUAUGACGAGAGCUGUGUCUGCAGUAGUGUGGAUCACCUGCCACUGGCCGCGCUGCCCAUCCUUGCCAUCGCUGCUCCUCAGUACCAGGACGCCGUGGCAGCGGUGAUCUCUCAGGCCAAUCAGGUGUAUCAAGACUUCCUCCAGUCGCCCGAGGGGGUGGGCUUCACCGGGCAGGUGUGUUUGGUGGCUGACUGUGUUGGUGGAGUGCUGUGUUUCGAUGCGCUGUGUUUUAGCGGUGACAAGCGACAUGGAAGUCCCAUGACAAACGCUACAAACUACAGCACUGAGAGCCUCAAGGAGAAGCCAGUAGCGAUGAGCAGUCUGAGUCCCAGUCUGAGGAGCAGCAAGCGCCUGAGCAAGAGCAACAUCGAUGUUUCGGCACCGUGCGACUCAGCACCAGCCCUCUACCGUCCACUCAUCCGCAAACAGAGCGACUCGUGUGAUACCGACAUCGCUGGAAGUCAGAGAGAGGUCUUCUUCAGCAGUCUGUCUCAGGAUGAACAGAUGAACCCUGUGCAGGAUCAGAACCCAGGCUGCUUUGACUUUGAGGUUUCAGACUGCUUUCUGCUGGGCUGCCCGCUAGGACUAGUGCUGGCCAUGAGGAGAACCGUGCUGCCGGCCGUGCAGAUUGCCCAGUUGCGUCCAGCCUGCUCGCAAAUCUUCAAUCUGUUCUACCCGUCUGACCCAUCUGCCUCACGUCUGGAGCCCCUGCUGUACCCUCCUCUCACACAGCUGCCCCCCUUCACUGUGCCACGGUACCAGCGCUACCCCCUGGGUGACGGCCGCUCCGCUCUCAUCGCUGACACCGUGGUUAAACAGACGUUGGAAGGAAGUGCCGAUGUUGUCCAGUCUCCAUGCUGUAAGACAGCGAGUGAUGGAUCUUCUAACAGCGAGGUGAAGGACGGUCAGACGGACCAGACCGUCUCACAACUGUGUAGCAGGUGGUGGGGUCCGAAGCGUCUGGAUUACGUGCUCUACUGCCCCGAUGUUCUCACAGCGUUCCCCACUGUAGCGCUGCCUCAUCUGUUCCACGCUUCGUACUGGGAGUCUACAGACGCUGUGGCCUUCAUCCUCAGACAGGUACUGCGCUGCGACUGUCUGAAGGCAGGUGAAGCAGACUGCUGCGACUCGGUGCCCAUCUCCCCGUCCAGCCCUCGGGAAAAGUGGCUGCGCAGAAGAACUCACGUCAAACUACGGAAUGUGACGGCUAACCACAGAGUACAUGAUGUGAUCGCGACAGAAGACGGGCCUCAGACGCUGGUGGGGAGGUUCAUGUACGGACCUCUGGACAUGGUCACCCUCGCAGGAGAGAAGGUGGAUGUGUUUUUGGUGACGCAGCCCGGAUCGGGCCGCUGGGUGCUGUUCGACACCGAGGUAACCACCAGCAGCGGUCGCAUCACAUACACCAUCCCUUCAAACAAGAGACUCUCGGUCGGCGUCUACCCCAUCAAAAUGGUGGUGAAAGGAGACCAGACGAGUGCGGAGGCGUUCCUCACCGUGCUGCCGAGAGGGAUGGAGUGUGUGGUGUUCAGCAUCGACGGCUCCUUUGCUGCCAGCGUCUCGCUCAUGGGGAGUGACCCUAAAGUCCGUCCCGGAGCUGUAGAUGUGGUUCGGCACUGGCAGGACCUCGGGUACCUCAUCAUCUACAUCACAGGUCGACCCGACAUGCAGAAGCAGAGGGUGGUGUCGUGGCUCUCGCAGCACAACUUCCCCCAGGGCAUGGUGUUUUUCUCUGAGGGGCUCGUCCACGACCCCCUGCGCCAGAAAACCAUCUUCCUCAGGAGCCUCAUUAAGGAGUGUCACAUUAAAAUCGGUGCAGCGUACGGCUCUAUGAAAGACAUGUCCGUGUACAGCGCACUGGGCCUGGACGCCUCGCAGAUCUACAUCGUGGGAAGACCAUCCAAGAAACACCAGCACCAGUGUCAGUUCUUGAGUGAGGGAUACGCGGCUCAUCUCUCUGCCCUGGAGUUCGAGCACGGCUCACGUCCCAAGAAGAACCGCAUGAUCCUGCGCCAGGGCUCCUUCGGCCUCUCGUCCAAGCCGGACUUCCUGUCUCCGUCGCCGGAUUUCUUGACAUGUAAACGCACUCCGUUGCUGCGCCGAGCCAUGUCCAUGCAGCAGGCAUCUCCACCCUCGUCCUCGUCGUCCACACCCAAACCGGAGCGAGCUCAGAGCCAACCCGAGAGCCACAGGGACGGGCCUGAGAUCCGCAUCGAACUCGACGAUCAGGACCCAGAAACAGGAGGCUUUACUGCUGUACUGUGAGAAAAUGUGACCACUUGGUAGGAUGGGGGUUAAAAGAAAUACAUUGUGCUUGUGGUAAGACGGAUUAGAUUAGACAUUUUUUUAACAGUGUUGCUGCCUAUUAUCCAGCAUUCAGAAUGUUGUUCCCGUUUGUGAAAAAAAUGUCAGCUUCUAAAUCAAAAAUCGGCAAAAUCCGGAAGCGGUUUCAGAGAGACGGCCGCUGCAGCCCCUUUUCAGUCCUUCUUUAAACCGGUGAAGUUUCUAAAAUGACUGUGGACCACUAUAGCAACCAUAAUACAUAUUAAUAUUAUGUACAUUAUCUGAAGCACUGAUUCCUUUUCAUAAAGUUUUUUGCCUUUAAUAUCCAGUAUAUCUGAUAUAGUAAGAGUCACUUGAAAACUUUUUUCGUUGUAUUUUUCUAAUCAAACUUUUGUAAGACGCACGUCUUCUGACGCUUAACGAGUAUCUACAUCUUUUCCAUUUGACUCACCCUCGUAGAAGCAAAAGUAUUUUAAAAUUAUUUGUAAAGAGGUCCUUUAGAGGCCAAGUGCCUUUACAAGGCUGUGUACGGAAACAAAAAUCUAAAUCAAAGAAUCAGCAAAAUCCAGAAUCACCGAGACUGGAUCCACUGCAGCCUCUCUUCAGUCGUUCGGUGAAGUUUUGAAGCAAUCUGCAGACAAACAUUAAUGCGGCGCUCAGUGUAGGGCAGCAGGCUGCCAUUUAUUUCUGCUGACAAGCUGAGAGGCUCAUUUACUUAGCCAGCUCCCGUUUGGUUUGUGCUGACGCACUCGAGCCGACCUGCGUCACUCAGGCGCAUCGCUAGCCUACGGAUCCUGAAUAAGCCAAUCACCACGAUAAAGCCAGAAAGUCUUAAGAAACCGCUUCUUGCUUUGUUUGUGAGCUCUGUUCCGACCCUGGGGGAUGAUUGGCUGUUUUGUCUGUGUUCAAUCUGCCCAGAGUCACUCGGUUCCUUCAGGCAUUGUUGACCACUCGGUGGGAUAAUGGUGCCUCCGUAUCGGGUGGUUCGGGCUGUUAUUUUCUCACAGCAGUUAUUACGGCACUCUGCUUAUUUUCCCUGUUACAUCAGAAAGCAGGGUAAAAAAAAAAAAAGAUGUAUGUUUUGAGAAUACUGGCUGCGUCGUGUGAACGAUAUUCAGGGAGGAACACGAGCAGUGAGCUCAUGAUAAAAUCUACCUUUCUAUCGGUGGAAAAAUAGAAUAAUUAUUCUGGUAGGUGGUACUUUAGGGUGUAGGAGACAAAACAAAUCCAAAUCUCAUAGAUUGUGUAUCGCUAUAGCAACCAUAAUACGUUAAUAUUAUGUACAUUAUCUGCAGCACUGAUUCCUUUUCUGAAAGUUUUUUUUUGCCUUUAUUAUACAGUAUAUAUGACGUAGUAUGAGCCACUUGAAAACUUUCCCUGUUUUUUCCCUCCUUGUCUUUUUCACCAUUUUUGUACGAUGCACGAGUGUCUGGAUUCGUUUAGGGACCUUUAGAGGCCAAGUGCCUGUGUAUAGAGUCACGUUAUCCGAUAUCCGAGUCUCUGAAUCAUACAUGUCCGAUCUGAUCCACAAAGGGCAGGUGCGUGUGCGGGAUUUCAUUCCGAUCAAUUAGUAGGCUGAGCGUAACAUUACAGGAACACAAGGUGUUUAGCACAUGGUGCAUGUUGCAGGAACAUGAGUGUAAGAUUUCCGCUGAUCAGAACUGCACAUGAUCUCAUUCACUCUCAAUCUCCAAACCUGAACACUACAACGGAAUAAAAAGAGACCAAACAUAGAGAGCGAUGUUAAAUCCGAUCGCUUAAAACCAGAGCGGCGUCGUGAUCGACAACGCGGAGGCCCUGCAGGCAAUAACGAGGAAGAGGAUGUUUUAUUUGCGAGCGCAGAUUGCGACCUGCGCCUGAAGCUCUCAUUAUGUAAUGUGGUGUUCAUGUUUUUCCUGCUGGCUGCCGUGGUGCUCUUUUGUGAAGGUAACCGGCUCUAUUUAUAGCAGCACGUCACUGACGGCCUAUUAUUCUCCGGCCUUGCCGCCCGCUUUUAGCCGACUUUUCAAAACCGUCUUCUUUUUCUUCGGAUCUUAUUCUAAAUUGCCUGCAUGUCUGCCUCCCACUCGAUUCUCAUCCAAGAUCAAGCGGCAUUGCGCAGUGUGUGUUUACGUAUUAGAUAUAUAUAUAUAUAUAUAUAUAUAUAUAUAUAUAUAUAUACACACACACACAUCGGUAUGUGCUGCUGUACACACAGCUGCAGCAUGUAAUACGUGGGAAAGUGUUACGUGUAUCUGUUACGUGCACUCGGUACUGAUUUGUAGUAACCUGUAGAAAGCUGUAUAUGUGUCCUGUAACAUAUUGUAUAUAGAUGUAUAUAACUGAAACGAGUGUGGUGUUUUUAAGAAGGGGAAAAAACAAAAACAGGAAACUGAACAUUAACGAUGUAAUGAUGUAAUCUUUAAUAAAGAUUAAUGGGAAUUAAAAUGUCUGGUAAUUGAAUGUUAAGUUUCUUUAAGCAGACUUCAAGGUAAGAGGGUGAAGGUCUCCGGACUUCCAGAGACGCUGCGAGCUAUCCAGAAAGGAUCUUGUUCGGCGUAGGAGAGGAACACAACACGGUACGUGACGUUAUUAUAGACUUGGUAAUAGAAAUGCAGGCAGUCAUUGUACAGUGUGGAUAAUGGUAUCGUACGAUUAAGAAAAAAAACAUUGCAGAGAACGAUACAGAUACAUUUGUUUUUUUUUUAUUAAAGUAGAAAAGGUGAACAUUUCAUCAAGAAUGCUUAGUGUUAUGAGAAAAAGUGCAUAUAAAAGCCAUAGUUCCCAGUCAACAUCAUUUUAGCUUUCCCAGACGUUGCUUCGUUUUUGUCCCGAUCUGGACCGUGUGGUUAAAUUACAGAAUGCAGCCGAAAAACAAACAAACAAAAAGAUAAAGAUGAGUUAGAUUCUCCCAGCACCUCGAUACAAGGUGGAGUCUAGCGACUAUAUAAUAUGGAACUAGAGACUAGUUAGUAAACAUCAGGUUUGACUUGCUACGUUGGUUAUAGUGUUAGUUUAUAGUUAAAUAGAAAUAAAAGUAAAAACUGUAACACGAACAUUAUCGUCUUUGGUGCAAUGGUGAAACUUGCCCUCGUUUUUUUUUUAUGGCUUUCCAACCGAGACCUUUAUACCGUAACAGCAUGACAACAAUUUGGCAGGAAAGUAACAUUUGGCAAAAUCUGACGAUGGUGGAUGAUGAGACGGUCAGUUACAGACACACAUUAAAAAAAAGACAACGACGAUGACGAGAAGUCAGGACUAAGACAGACGUGGAAAAAAAAUCCGAAGGUAGCUUGAUGUCUAUGUGGGUUUGCGGAGGUUUGAGAGCGCGCUGUCGGUCCAGCUGCCCACUCUGUUGCGGAUUCGUCGGCUCUGCUGCCGGAUGAAGGAUCGGUUUAAUUUCCCCGUGCUGCUGCUCGGGUUGGAGCCGGAGCCGUAGCUGUGAGCCAUCACUGUUCUGUAAUGCUCCAUGGCCUCAGUCCUGCACAGACACGUUAAAUAAACACACGUGGGUCAGGAUCGUGGAGUGUGUGAAAGGCAGUAUGUGACAGAACAGGUUGUUUUUAAGGGCAUGCAACAGUCAGACAUUUUAGCUGCAGUUAUUAGUUUAGGGGGAAGGGUUUCCAUACAUCAGGUGAAGCUACACUGUAUGGGCAAAAGUAUAUGGACACCUGACCAUCACACCUGCUUCUUCCUCAAAUUUUUUUUUUACCAUGCAUUUGUACAAAGUGUAGUGUUACAGCUUCCCUUCACUGGAACUAAGAGACCUGAACCUGCUCCAGCACAAAGCAAAGCAGCUGCAUGAGGACAUGGUGUGGAGGUUAAAAUUGGACUGGAAGAACUGGAGCGUCCUGAACGGACUCUGACUCAACCCCACUGGACACCUUUGAAACGAUCUGAAACUCCAUGGCUUCCUCUUCUGACAUUAUAACCUGAUCUUGCUAACUCUCUUGUAGCUAAAAUGAACUCAAAUCCCUCACAAACAGCUUAUUAUAACAGGAAAUGUGGAAUAAAUCUGGAAUCUGAUGUUCAACAAGGACAUCCAGGUGUGAUGGUUAAGGGGUGCACAAACUUGUAGACACACGGUGUAUUUACAGCCUUCACAUGCACGUCAAAGACAUCAAUUUUCUGAUCAUAGAUUUUGUAAUAUAAUUUUACCUUAGGCUUUACUCCGUUAUAAUAGAGUACUUGAAUUUUCUGGUGCUAGAAUGAAAGACAGGUUAGUCUACAGUUUCAUUAACAAACUUGAGGCCUUUUCGCUGAAAUUGCAUCAACACAAAACGACGGAACAAAUCCGAGUGACUGAUGGCAGCCCGAGGGGGGCAGAGGAACUGGGUUUCAGGAGAGGCUAAUCUGUUCUCUUGCACUACAAGUAAAAGGUCAUUGCCUAGCUGCUGCACACAGCCUCCUGUUUUCCCGUCAAGAUUUUAUGGGAUGCUUCGGGGUCAUGUCGUCGGAUGUGUAAAUCUGCGGUUUGAAAGGCCACGAGCUUGAAAAUGUCAAACGUGUAUGAGUGAACAUUAAAAAAUGGGGGCGAGACAAAAGCUUUGUUCGUUGACUUCGAUCCUUUAGUCACAUUUUACAUGUUUACUAUUUAGAAAUCUUUUAAUCCUGAAAUCGAAUCUCUCGGAGCGGAAGGGAGGGCGGUACUCUCUUUCUCUUGGCUGUCAAUCACAUCGACACUGGCCAAUCGCAAGCAUAUAUGAGCUCAUGUAUGCGGAAGAGGGCAGAGCGUGUUCUUCAGAGCGAGUUACACAGCCCUGCGACGUAGCAUUACUGUGUGUUUAUUGGCUUGACUAGCUGCUAGCUGUCGUAUGAUAACUCAUGCGUGUCAUUUAGCAAAAGGUGAAACUGGUAGCCAAUGAGAUAAACACAAAAAAGAUAAAUCUUGUGCUGUAAAAACCCUUACGUUUUUAAAAAUCAGCAUGGGAUAUGUACCACAAACGCUUUUAUUAUAAGAGAUUUGAUUUUCCUGGAGCGGUUUUUGGAAAUUUGGUAGAAUCCUAAUGGAUGAUCUCAUGCACAGGAAAAAAAAACAAAACAAAACAAAA